GCCACUCCUCACUCAGAUAUUCCAGCUACACAAAGCCCACAGUUCUCCUCGAUCAUACCAUGUCGAACCAUUUUUAUAACGGAUCGUCUGAUUCCUCCACUGCACCAGUAUCUCACUUUCAGGUUGCCCAUUCUCCCGAAGAGAUGUUCCAGUGUAUGUGGGGUUAUCCGCACGGGUUGCACUGCAACUACUUGAUUCGUGGCAUCAAUCUGUCUGCUCACUUACAUGACAUUCACGGAAUUCACGGGAAAGGGAGCGCACGCGCCGAGUGCAAAUGGGAACACUGUGGUCAGGAGUUCAACAUUGAGAGCCUCUACCAGCAUGUGGAAGAGAUCCAUAUGGGGAUUGUAUACUUCUGCGACUGCGGGAGCAAGUUCCUGCGCAGGGACACUCUUAGUAGUCAUAAGGAGAAUUGCUCGGGUCAGCAGCGCGUGGAUGGGGGGCAUUUCAACAUGGACAAACGCCAGGACAUUCCCAGAUGAUGGUUACUUUAACUCGUUUUGUCGUACUUAUUCACUGUCAUGUCUGCGGUUAGUGCUUCUACGGACUUAUGAUUCGAUGUAACAUACCAGCACCAAUGUCUUGUCUACACGUUUAUUUACUCCUG